ACGAGCUGUUAUCGACAAUGGCCAGAACCAAGCAAACCGCCCGUAAGUCCACCGGAGGCAAAGCCCCGAGGAAGCAGCUCGCCACCAAGGCUGCCCGCAAGAGCGCCCCGGCCACCGGCGGCGUCAAGAAGCCUCACCGUUACAGGCCCGGCACCGUGGCCCUGCGUGAGAUCCGCCGUUACCAGAAAUCCACUGAGCUGCUCAUCCGCAAACUGCCCUUCCAGCGCCUGGUGCGUGAGAUUGCACAGGACUUCAAGACCGACCUGCGCUUCCAGAGCUCCGCCGUCAUGGCCCUGCAGGAGUCCAGCGAGGCCUACCUGGUCGGCCUCUUCGAGGACACCAAUCUGUGCGCCAUCCACGCCAAGAGAGUCACCAUCAUGCCUAAAGACAUCCAGCUGGCCCGUCGUAUCCGCGGAGAGCGAGCUUAAAUCCCACAACUACUAAACCACAACACAACGGCUCUUUUAAGAGCCACAAACUUAAUCUGUAAAGCAACAAUUCUCUGGUUACAAACACAACAUCUUCUUUCAAUAGUUGUGUCCUAAUACAAUAUCCAAUCAAAUGGGAUAGUUAUUGUAAUAUUUCUGGUAAUCUUUACACUUGUUUUAUGUUUAAACUUAAUGUAAGCUCAAACUUAGUUUAUUAGUAAUAUCACUUGAAUAUGCACAAGUUGGUGAAUUUUUUAGUUAAUAGUCAAUUGAUAUUCAUACUAACAUGCCCUUAUUGGAAAUAAUGGCGUUCAGCUUUUUUUUUUUUCUUCAGUCAACACGAGCCGAUAUUUCUCUACAAAGCUGUAAGUUAACAAUACAAUAUGAAUGAUGAAAUGACAUGUUCAUUUGUUAUGCUGUUACUACUAAUGUUUCAGUACAAUUCAGUUGGCAAAUAACAGGUUAAGAACUGAACAAUUGUGUGGACACAAAAGUGUGGAAAAUAAAUAUAUAA